UUGGCUGGUUAGUUGGUUGAUGAUCAUUACUAUGCAUUCACUUGACAAAUAAACACAGUAGUAAACAGAGGUAAAUUAUUUUAACUUCAGUCAUCAUUGAUACACCAGUAAGACUGGAUCCAGUUUUUUUAUUUCACUAAUAAUUGUAUUUUGAGCAGCAUCAAGUACAUCAAGGAAUUAAAAUGUUCUGUGCAAUAGUACUGUUGACUUUGAUAACGAAAACAUUUGGAGGUGGUAUUGGUACAGCUUGGGACAUAUCACCAAGUAAAAAUAUUGAAUCAACAACAAAUCCAUCAUGGCUACGAGGUGAUUCAUCAGCAUUUGAAAUUCGUAGUGUCAGUGGAGUUGGUCAUCAUGAAGAAAGUACCCAAGAAUUUACUGAUGAACAAGUUACUAAAAAUCCUGUAUCAUCAAGAAAUUCCAAAGAGCUAGAUGACAUGGAAAAUGAUUAUACACCAGAAAUUCUAUUUGAUAAUCCAGUUAUUAAAAGUAUAUUUAGAACACCAAGAAAAGAACUUGAUGUAGAAAUAAUAUCAUCAGGAGCAUGGGAAAAAUCAAUAAAAUCAGAUAAUAAAUUAAAUAAAAAUCGUGGUUCAUGUCCUGAAAGUUUAGAAGAUAAUUAUUUUAAUAAUAAACCAAAUAUUCAACCACGUCAUCGUCGUGAUUUAACAGAUGAUACUAAAAUUGAAAAAUUAAAUGGUAAUAAAAAUGUACGUGAAGCAAGAAUGAAUAUACCAACAGAAACAUGGUCAAAACCAAUGUCAAUUGAAUUUCGUAAACGUACAAGUCUUGAUGGAUUAUUUAAAAAUGAAGAUACAGAAAGUAAAAUGAUAAAUCAUGAAGAACCACCACAUGUUGAUUUUAUAACAGCAAAUCGUAGAAGUUCAAUUGAAACAAGAGAAUCAAAAGAUUUACCAUUGCAUUCAUAUGACGAUGUGUCAUAUAAAAAUGAUUAUAAUAAUAAUUUUCGUGAUUCAAGAGAUCUUGAUAUGGCAUAUUCAAGAAGUUACUAUUAUCCAGAUCAAAUUAGAACUCAACGAGAAUUUAUGAUACAUGGAUUAAAUGAGCCAACAUUUUCACCAGAUCGUUAUAGAAUUGAAGACUUUGAUAUGUACAGAAAUCGUCCAACACCAAAACCAAAGAGAAUUAUUUACUAUGCAACAUUACCAGAAAUUGUAAGAAAACCAGUUGAUCUUAGAUCAUAUCCCCGACCAUAUGACAACAUGGGAAGAGCAUCAAUACCACCACCAAUCACAAGAGAUCCAUAUUACAAAAAAUUACCAAGUCCAAUUGAUUUGAGAUACAGAUACAGAAAUUAUCCAACUGCUUAUGAUUCUUAUGAUCCAUAUAUGAAAAGAUCAACUUAUUAUGAUCGACCUUAUGGACAUGCUUAUGAUCGUUUUGAUGAUUAUAAACACAGAGAACAAGAUGUUGAUCAUGCAAGUUUUAAAGAAGCACCAAGAGCUGAAAAUGAAUUGAGAAAAAAUGAUAAUGGAGAGAGUAGAUCAGAGGAAAAGUCACAAUGGCCUGUUCAAGUUGGAACUGAAGUUAAUAUCAAGGAUACAGAUAGAAAUACAAAUAGAAAAAAUUAUGGAUCACAUCAGGAAUUUGAUAGACUUCGGACAAGCUCAAGGAUCGAGCAGAGCAGUGAACAACCAUCUGGAGAUAACAGAAAUUAAUAUAUAUUUUUAAAAUAACUCUUAUUAUUAUUAGAAUGAUUAUUGUGUAAAUCUAGUGGACGGUGAAGGGUAUUUAUUACACAAAUUUAAAAACAUUUUUAUAUAAUUGUCAUUAAUACUUUGAAUAAGUUUUUUCAAUGGAAGAAUUGGCAGUUCUUGAUGUAUGUUGUUGGGUUUUUUUUUUAUCAAGUCAGACUUGAUUUACUAUUUAUUUAUUAUUAUCUUUGAUUACAUUUGACUGAUUGCAUGUAGAUGAAAAUUAAAU